GUCUGCUAAUAGCUAACUGAGCUAGCAUACAGCUGUCAAUGACAUGUCCUAUCUGGGUUUAGCUAGUUAGCAUUAAACCUAUAGAGAAGAGUAGUGCAGCCGGUAGAGGAUGAAGACUGUGGCCUGACUCUGAGACGUUUCUCGAGGUGAAUAGCACGCAAGGGUUUGGACAUGGACAUCCGAGGAGCAGUGGACGCUGCUGUCCCGACCAACAUCAUCGCGGCCAAGGCGGCCGAGGUCCGAGCCAACAAGGUCAACUGGCAGUCCUACUUACAGGGCCAGAUGAUCUCAGGAGAAGACUGUGAGUUCAUCAAGAAGUUUGAGGUUGCUCAUUCUGAGCAGAAGCAGGCAAUUCUGACAAAUGAAGGACAUCAGUGUGCAAAGACCUUUCUCAACCUAAUGGCUCACAUAUCAAAGGAGCAGACGGUUCAAUACAUCUUAACCCUGAUCGAUGAUACUUUGCAGGAAAAUCAUCAGCGAGUCAACAUUUUCUUUGAUUAUGCCAAGAAGACGAAAAACACAGCGUGGUCAUAUUUCUUACCUAUGCUGAACCGCCAGGACCUUUUCACCGUUCACAUGGCUGCCAGGAUCAUUGCCAAGCUGGCAGCCUGGGGUCGGGAUCUGAUGGAAGGGAGUGAUCUGAACUACUACUUCAACUGGAUCAAGACUCAACUUAGCUCCCAGAAGCUACAUGGUACAGGUGCAGAAACAGGAACAGGAACCAUCUCUCCCAGUGAAAGCUCUCAGUAUGUUCAGUGUGUCGCUGGUUGCCUGCAGCUGAUGCUGAGGGUGAAUGAGUAUAGGUUUGCCUGGGUCGAAGCUGAUGGAGUGAACUGCAUCACGGCAGUGCUGAGUAACAAGUGUGGCUUCCAGCUGCAAUACCAAAUGAUCUUCUGCGUAUGGCUUCUGGCCUUCAGCCCUCAGCUGUGUGAGCAGUUGCGCCGCUACAACGUGGUGCCCGCCCUCUCCGACAUUCUGCAGGAGUCUGUCAAAGAGAAGGUCACUCGCAUCAUCCUCGCUGCUUUCAGGAACCUGCUGGAGAAGUCUGCAGAGAGGGAGACUCGUCAGGAAUACGCUUUGGCCAUGAUUCAAUGCAAGGUUCUGAAACAACUGGAGAAUCUGGACCAGCAGAAAUAUGACGAUGAGGACAUUACUGAUGACAUCAAGUUCCUUCUGGAGAGACUGGGAGAAAGUGUCCAAGACCUCAGCUCCUUUGAUGAGUACAGUUCCGAGCUGAAGUCUGGUCGACUUGAGUGGAGUCCAGUGCACAAGUCGGAAAAGUUUUGGAGAGAGAAUGCCGUCCGUCUGAAUGAGAAAAACUACGAACUGCUCAAGAUUCUGACCAGGCUGCUAGAGGUGUCUGAUGACCCUCAGGUUAUUGCUGUGGCUGCUCACGAUGUGGGAGAGUAUGUAAGACAUUACCCUCGUGGCAAAAGGGUGAUUGAACAGCUGGGUGGGAAGCAGCUGGUGAUGAACCACAUGCAUCAUGAGGACCAACUGGUGCGCUAUAAUGCUCUACUAGCCGUUCAGAAGCUGAUGGUGCAUAACUGGGAGUAUCUGGGCAAACAGCUGCAGUCCACAGAGCAGUCCACACCGGCUGUGGCCGCCCGCAGCUGAACUCUCUCUGAGCUUGUGUAUGCAUCAGUGGAUGUUGUGUGAGUGUCUGUAUUUGCUGAAUUGUGGGGGGAAAAAAAAGCCUUGAUUCUCUGUGUUGAUGUUGUUUAUUUGUGUUCAUAAGAGCACCUUGACUGCCCCAGGGUUACUGAGCUAACAGAGCAUGAUUCAUGUAUAUAUGCUAUACAUUACUGUAAGUGUAUACACUUGCAGUCCUCUUUUAGUUGCAGUAGCAGUUUUCCAUGUGCAGCCAUUGCUCAUAGGGGCUUUACUUUGAUUUUGUAGAAUUGUGCAUCUUCAUGCUUGUUGUGAAAUGGUUGAGUAGCUUCCAAAGUGAGUGAUAUUCAGUGUUAUUUAUGUCUUAUGUGUAAUACAAGUAUGCAUUCCAAUAAAGAUUAACUUAAUAAACCAA